AUGGAUAAUAGUUUGGAUAAAUUAUUUUCUAAGCAAGAAAGGCUUUAUAAGGAAAUAAUUGAAGCAAACUGUUUUUAUGUAAAUAAACUUAAUGAAUGGAUAGGUGAUAAAUAUGUAAAAAAAUUAAAAUUAAAGAAAGACGAUAUUGCUUUAACUCCUAAAUUAUUAAUAAAUAGGGCCCAAUCAAAAGCUAGUCGGUGUAGAGUGUGUGGACUAUGUAUUGAAAAAAAAAGCUUAAGAAUAGGAUAUCCAUCCAAAGACCCUAGAGGGAAUUAUGGAUACAUUAGUUGUUGGGUUCACUUAGAUUGUAGUAAAAAAAUAUUAUAUGCUGUUUUAUAUGUAGAAGAAAAUAAGGAAUGUUUAAAAAAAUAUUUAACAAAUAGUGAAGAAAUUACCUGCACAAGUGAUCAUAAUAAUUAUGAACAGUUCAUACAUAAAAAUAUAAAAUGGGAAAUAUUUUUUGGGCAUUAUGAUGAGCUAGACGACGAAGAAAAAGAAAAACUAAAAGAUAUAACUAAACCAUAUGAUGCAAAAGAUUACGAAGAUGGAAAAAAUAGUUUUGAGAUAUUAAUAAAAAAAGAAAAAUAUAUUGCAUUUUCAAAUAAUUUGAUGAAAACAGAAAAAAAACAAAUAAUUAAUUGUGAAUUAAAUGUACCAAAGGAACUUAAAUUUGAAUUGUUAAAAUAUCAAAAAGAAGGUGUAUCAUGGAUGAUAAAUCAGGAAAAUUCAAAGCAUAAAGGAGGUAUACUUGCCGAUGAAAUGGGUAUGGGGAAAACAAUACAAGCAAUAACAUUAAUAUUGUGCCAAAAAAUUAAUAGAAUGGAAAAUAGCGAAAAGGGUAUAAAGGAAAUAAAAGAAGUAAAAGAAAACAUAAAAGAUGAAAACACCAAUGUUUGUAUAAAAAAGGAGCAAAAUAGUAUUACGAACUAUACUAAUAAUAUGGAUGAUAAUUCUAAUUUGGUAACAACUCAAAUCAAAGUAAAAGAAGAAGGCUCAGAGAAAAGCAUUAUUUUGAUUGAAAGUGAUGAGAAUAGAUGUUUUGGGAUGAAAAGAAAAUCAAAAUAUUUUUCUAAAUCUGAAAAAAAUAAAAAGAAUAAAAAGGGAAAUAGUAAGAACAAUAGUAAUAAAGUUAAGACGGGAAAGAGUUUUAAAAAUAAUAAUUCGGAAAAAGAGUUACAUGGGCAAACACUAAUAAUAGCACCUAUUGCCGCUGUAAUGCAAUGGAAAUCAGAAAUAGAAAAGUUUGUUGAAAAGGAUUUUUUAAAAGUUUAUAUAUUUCAUGGUAAUUAUAAAAAAAUAUCUUCUAAAGAGUUGUUGGAAUAUGAUGUUGUUAUAACAUCAUAUGCUAUGGUAGAAGUUAAUUUUAGAAAAAUUAUAAAUAAACAUAAAGUAGCAUGUGAAUAUUGUGGUAGAUUAUAUUUACCAUCAACUUUAGUUAUACACCAAAAAUAUUUUUGUGGACCUAAUGCCGUUAGAACUGAAAAAUUAAAAAAAAGAAAAAAAAAAAAUAAAGAUACAGCACUUGUUGCUAUGAAGAAAUUUGAUGAUCAUUUUGUGCCUACUCCAAAAAAUGUUUUUUUAGAAAUUUUAAAUGAGAAUAAAGAAAAUAUAAAAGAUCAUAAAAACAUAAAGAUGGAAUUACGAAAAGGGGAUGAAAAAUUAGAUAAAAUAAAAAAUAAUAAAAUCACAAACAAAAAUGUACCGUUUGAAGAAAAUAAACUUAUAGUAUUGAGUUCUAAAGAAUCCCAAAGUGAUAGUUCUGAAUCUAAGAAAUCGAUUUUUUCUCCUUUGCUUCGUAAAACAUCAAGCCGAGUAAUAGAUUUAUGUAAUGUAGGUUUUGAGAAAGAAGCAAUUGAAAAAAGUAUAGAAGAUAUAUAUAAAAAAAAAAAAAAAAAAAUACAAUGGAAUAUAGUUAUAAAAUAUGUAUUAAAAAAUCAUUUAUAUAGUAUAGAUAUGAAUGAUAAAUGUAAGAAUGUUUUAGUAGAAAUAUAUUUGAGUAAUAAUAAUAUAGAAGAUCAUGAACUUAAAAGUUUAAAUAUGGGAGAACUGAAAGUAUUAUUAAUAACUAUGGGCAAACAUGUAUUUGGUACAAAAAUCGAAUUAAUAAACCGUGUGCUAGUAUCAGCUAAGUAUAUAAGACAUGAGUUAGAAGAAGAAGUGAAAAAAAUUGAAGAUAAUAAUAAAAAGAAGAUGAAAAAAGGUAACAAAAAUAGUAAAUCUAUGAUUAAAAAAGGCAGUAAAAAAAGUUCAAUUGACUUAAAUAGUUAUAGAAACUCGAAUUAUGAGCAUACUAGUUCUGGAGAUGAUAAAAAAGAACAUGAUAAUGAUAAAAUUAAAAAGGAAGAUAGUGAAAAUAUAUUGGCAAAGGAUACUGGUAAAAGUAAUCGUAAAAGACGUAAAACUAUUGGUAUUUGUGCAAUAACAAAAAGGGAGAAUAUUGAUGACAUAAAUAACAAAAUUAAAAAAGAACAAAAAAAUAAUAGCAAAUUUUCUAAACAGUGCAGAAAAAAAAGGAAAAAAUAUAGUAGUGAAAGUAGUAAAAAUAGUAAUGGUGAGCAUUUUUCUAUUAGGUCAUCUCCCAGAUUGGCUGCCAAAUCUUCUGGAGGUUUGUCCUCUAAAGGGUCAGGCAGAUUGUCAGCCAAAUUUUCUGGUGGUUUUUCCUCUAAAGGGUCAGACAAACGGGUAGCUAAAUCGUCUGAUGAUUCUUCAGUGAAUUAUUUGGGAAGCGAAAUUGGGGAUUCUAGCGAAAGUAUUUAUGAAGAAAGCGAAAAUAGCAGUGAUAGUGUCAUGUCAUAUGAUUCAAUAAUUAUUGAAAAAAAUAAAAUAAAAAAAAAAAAGAUGAAAAAAAAAGGAUCGGAUAUAUUUGAUGAAAGUAUACUACAUUUAAUAGAAUGGAAUAGAAUAAUAUUAGAUGAAGCACAUAGAAUAAAAAAUAGGAUAGCAUCAACGAGUCAAUCAAUUUUUAAUUUAAAAUGCUCAGGGUAUAGAUGGUGUUUAACUGGAACCCCAUUACAAAACCGGAUUGGAGAAUUAUACAGUUUAAUACGGUUUUUAGAAUUUUAUCCAUAUGCCUAUUAUUUUUGUUCAAAAAAAGAUUGUAAAUGUUCACUUAUAAAUUUCGAAAUGAAAGAUAAUAAAUAUUGUAGUAUUUGUGGUCAUACAAGAAUGUGUCAUUUUAAUUAUUUUAAUAAAAGAAUAUUAAAACCUAUACAAUCAUUUGGAUAUAAUGGGGAAGGAGUAAAUAGUAUGUUCUAUCUUAGGAAUGAAAUUUUAGAUGAAAUAUUACUUAGAAGAACAAAAAAUGAACGAGAAAAAGAUAUAAAAUUGAAGCCAUUAAUAGUUACUAUUAGAAAAGAUAAAUUAUCAAAUGAAGAAAAGGAUUUUUAUGAAUCAUUAUAUAAAAAAACAACAACUCAAUUUGACAAAUAUGUUAAAUCAAAUACAGUUUUACAUAAUUAUGCUCAUAUUUUUGAUUUAUUAAGUAGAUUAAGACAAGCAGCUGAUCAUCCAUAUUUAAUUCUUUUUGGUAAUUCAUUUUUAAGCGAUCCUUCUGGUAAAUUUAUAAAAAAGAAUUCUGCAAUUAUUCCAGCAAUUUCAAAUGAUUUUGUAUGUGGAAUAUGUUUGGAAAAUGUGCCAAGAAAAAAUAAUGUUAAUACAAAAUGUAAUCAUCACUUUCAUAAAGAUUGUUUAAAACAAUAUAUAGAAAGUUUCGAAAUAGAAAAUAAAGAAAAUACAGAUAAUGAAAAUUUUAGUAUAACAAAAUAUAAAACAUAUAAUAUUGUGAGCAAUUGUUCAGAUAGCGAAAAAUGUGAUCAUAAAAAUAUGAUUGUAUUUGGAAAUGAUGAUAAGAAUGAAGGUAAAAAUAAUUUUGAAUUAAACAGAAGUUAUAAAUCGCUUUCGGUUGUUAAGUUUAAGGAUCGAGAAAAUUCUCAAUUUGUUAAUUUAACAAAUAAUGUCGAAAAUAUAAAAGAUCAUCCAUUAGGAUGCCCAGUAUGUUAUGUUCCAUUAACUGUUGAUUUCAAUGCCUUUGCAAAUGAAGAAGAAAAAAUAGAUGAUGAAGAAAUUAUUGUAUGUAAAGAAGAAGUUACUCAUAUUAAUAAGAGUUUUAUAAAUAGAAUUAAUACUGAUGAAUAUCAAACUAGUACAAAAAUUGAAGCUAUUUUUGAAGAGGUUCGAAAUGUUAUAUAUAAUACUGAUGAUAAAUGUUUAAUAUUUUCACAGUAUUGUUCUAUGCUAGAUUUAAUAGAAUAUCAUUUAAAAAAAAAUAAUAUUAUAUGUUCUAAAUUAUUAGGAUAUAUGUCAAUGGUUUCAAGAAAUAACAUUUUAUAUAAUUUUAAUAAUGAUAACCAAUUAAGAGUAUUACUUAUAAGUUUAAAAGCGGGAGGAGAGGGAUUAAAUUUACAGGUUGCUAAUAGAAUUUUUAUUGUAGAUCCUUGGUGGAACCCCGCUGCAGAAUUACAAGCUAUUCAACGAGCACAUCGUAUAGGGCAAACAAAAACAGUCUAUGCUAUUCGGUUUAUUAUUGAAAAUACUGUUGAAGAAAAGAUUAUACAAUUGCAAAAUAAAAAACAGUUAGUAUUUGAUUGUACUAUUGGUAAUUCAGGAAGUGCUAUGCAAAAAUUAACAAAGGAAGAUUUGGCUUUUUUAUUCCACGCAUGA